UAUGGAGUAUACUACGAUAGUUGCUGUUUUAUAAGAGACAAUUCGUGGACAAUUUUGCGACAGGAAGAUGUCAGUAUACGACUCUGCCGUGACGGCAGUAUGCUUGUCGUAACACGCUAGCUGACCGAAAUAUGUUCAAAACGCGGAGGUUGUUGAAGACCUCUAGAAUAACAUCAUUCUUUGAUAAUAACCUGACUUAGAAAUUAAAUGUAUUUUAUAUUGUGUUAUUUAAAUACUCACAAAAUACUAAAUAACAUACAAACAAACACUAAAUAACAAAAUGUGUCAGUUGAAGCCAAACGCAAGAAAAAACAUAAAAAUGCGACAGUUAUUGCGACAGUGGGAUUCAAGCCUUUUGUAGUUCUUCACGGAACGCUUGAGCUGAAUGUGCAUUCGACCCCCUCAGUUAUAAGACUACAUGCGCUGACAGCCGUAAAGAUCCGGUCUCCAAAAAUGACAGAUUUCAACACCGGAAACCUAUUUCAGUCUCUUUCAUACAGUUCUUCAAGGAGGUGUACGGGGACAGACAGACAGUGAGAUACGGUUGGAGCAGUCUCAAGGCCAUCCUCUUCAGCAGCCAUGCCACGAAUCGAAAAUGACAUCAAACUCGACUUCAAGGACGUGCUGCUCCGUCCCAAAAGAAGCACUCUCAAAUCUCGCAGUGAGGUGGAUCUCACACGUAGUUUCUCAUUCAGAAACUCAAAGGGCAGUUAUCAUGGGAUUCCCAUUGUAGCCGCCAACAUGGACACUGUGGGGACGUUUGAAAUGGCCUUAGCUUUACAUCAGUUUAGUCUCUUUACAGCUAUCCAUAAGCAUUAUUGUGUGGAUGACUGGAAGGAGUUUGCAACAAAGAACCCAGAAUGCGUACAGAGUGUUGCAGUCAGCACAGGGACAGGUGAAGGAGAUUUUGAGAGACUGGGGGACAUUCUGGCUGCUGUACCUCAGGUUCAGUACAUAUGUGUCGAUGUUGCCAAUGGUUACUCUGAACACUUUGUCCACUUUGUGAAAGACGUGAGGCAAAAGUUCCCCACUCACAUUAUAAUGGCAGGCAAUGUGGUCACAGGAGAGAUGGUAGAAGAACUGAUUCUUGCUGGUGCUGAUAUCAUCAAAGUGGGGAUUGGCCCAGGUUCUGUGUGUACCACUCGUAAGAAGACGGGUGUGGGUUAUCCACAGCUGAGUGCAGUCAUUGAGUGUGCUGAUGCUGCACAUGGCCUGGGUGGACAUAUUAUAUCUGAUGGUGGAUGUACAUGCCCAGGUGAUGUUUCCAAAGCAUUUGGUGCGGGGGCGGACUUUGUGAUGCUGGGAGGAAUGCUUGCAGGUCAUUCUGAGUGUGGGGGUGAAAUCAUAGAGAAGAAUGGCAAGAAGUAUAAACUGUUUUAUGGCAUGAGUUCGGACACAGCCAUGAAGAAGCAUGCAGGAGGCGUAGCAGAGUACAGGGCAUCGGAGGGUAAGACGGUUGAAGUGCCUUACAAAGGGCCUGUGGAGGUGACAGUAAGAGAUGUGCUGGGAGGAGUUCGCUCCACCUGUACAUAUGUGGGCGCUGGUAAGCUGAAAGAGUUAAGUCGUCGUACCACCUUCAUUCGGGUGACCCAACAACUCAACACCGUGUAUGGAAAUGAUAACUAAGGCAGGCCAUAUCUGAGGUCUGACUGGGUCCUUAUUGGGCCAAAUUAUGCCAAUUAUCGCAAAGGUCAUAUUCUUCUGGCUGCAGUGUGAAGACAGCUGCACACAUAUGCAUGAUCAUGUGCCUCACCUCAUAUCCUUAUUUAGGGAUUUAAUGUGUAUUUUACGGUUUACAUGGCUGUGAAAUUUUCAACUAACUUGGAAUUUGCAAAGUUUAACCAGGAGUUAACAAGGACACAACAACUUUUUUCUUGCAUUUCAUCUAUUCUAAAUAUUUACUAUAUUUUAGGAAAGGCUAAGAUUAGAACAUUUAUUUAAUUAAUUACCCUUAACUGAAAGUGUAUGUUUUGUGCAACGUAUGGGUCACAGCCUAACUGAAGUUGUCUUCUGAUCAUUUGUCUUAAACUUUAGCCCAAAUGCUAUUAGAGCCUUAUAUUUUAUCCAGAUACUUCAGGUACUAUUUUAAAAUGUAUUGUUAAGCUGAAUGUCUAUGCCUGAUGUUUUUCUAUGUGUAACUUGAGUUUUCUAAUACUGUUAACGAGUGUCAGAAAUUAAGUUGAACAUUAACAUAAUAUUUCCCCCAGGAUUUGAUAUUUAGGGGAAUGUUUUACCUUUAUGAGGGCAUACUUUUUUCUAACCAUUGUCAGUCAAACAUAAACCGUGUCUCAUCUGUUUAUGUCAUAUACAUACAUUUGAACAUUAAGUACAUACAAAUUCUGAAGACUGAGAAUGUAUUACUUCUUACCCUAAGAAUUAAAUCAGCAACAACUCAUAUUUAUGUCUUAAUACAGUAUGUACAACUAGGAGCAUAAUAAAAUAUUAAGAACUAUGAGGAGCCGUGUAGGCCAUAAUUGUUGAAAAGCCUCUUACAAACACUUCUGAAAUGUAGAUAUUGAUAUAAAUAUUAGUGAAAUUCAUUCAUAUUUCAAAAGUGUAUAUGAGAAGUGUUGAAGUAAUGGUUGAAAGACACUUUCAGCAAGAAAUGUGUAAAUUUAGUUAAGUCAACAGAAUCAGUUUUAUGAAUAUUUUUGUUUCACUGUUGUUUAUAAGAAUCUUUUAUGAAUGAAUUUCACUCAUGUUUAUAUAAAUACCUUUAUUUCACUAGUGUUUGUAAGAGGCUUUUCAACAAUUAUUGCUUACACGACUCCUCAUAAAGAACUAUAUCAAAUUUUAGAAAUAAAAAACAGAAGAAUUCAUUACAAGGGCAUUUUUUGCCUUUACGUUUUGUAUUUCGGGAGCAAUUUAUUUUUUGAUCAUUUUCAGUGGCAUUUUUACUACAAUACACCCUUAAUUUCUGACCCUGCUGUUAACUAUUUCCAUUCUAUUCUCUCUCACUGGACCAACUCAGAACAUUUAAAGGAUUAUUACAGAGUUAUAAGUCUAUUAUACUAUGUGCUAUAGACUUUUGUUAUAUAUUAACAUUCUAUUCUAUAGCAUAUAUGUGUUGACCAAAGCCAUAGUAUUUUUAUACUUCCACAUACAAUGACAUCUGAUAACUGCUUGUAAAACUGCUUAUCAUAUGUGAUAGAUGUAUGUAACAAAUACAGGGGUGUUACACAAACCUUUUAAGUUUUCAUCCAUUCCUGUCAUAAUAUUAGUAUAAUUGUAUGCAUUUUGGCACAGUUGUAUCAUGAACACAGCUUAAUUAACCUUAAUAAUUAAAUAUUUACAUCUUUAUUAGUUUUUUUACACACAUCAUACAGUAUUUUAGCAUUCUACUGCAGUUACUGUUCUCAUUGAUUCAAGUGUCUCUGAUUGUGAUUAAAGUUGUAGCUGGUGCAAAUAAUAAUGAAAUGUGAAAGAAAGUCAGAUGUUGGCUGAUUAGUGGACAGUUGAAUUUGAUCCAUGUUGAUUUGUAUCUUUUAUAUUGUUGUUAAAUCUGAUCUGUUUCAAAUAUGUCAUUUUGAAUCAUUUCACUUCAAAUAUUUUUGGUUUUCAUCAAGUGUUAUUGUUUUCCUGUGUUGUUGUGAAAUAAAUCACUCA